AUAUUUAAGUUGUAGUAUCGUCAUUUUUAAAGUCUUAUAAAAAUAAUACACGGUAAUCAUGGUGCGUUAUGGAAUUUUACCACCAGCAGAAUCAGGCAAAUUCAUAAGUGAACGAGCUCACCACGUUAAAAUUCACGAAAAUGGCUUAGAUAAGCUUUGUCAAGAGAUGUUCUCAGCUGUAAAAAACAAUAAACUUCAAAUACCGGAUACAGGUACAGAUGCUAUACAUCCUAAUAACGAACAUCCGCGUGCAGUCGACUGGGUGUUUGUGUGUGAUGCAUUGAACUUCUGCUUCUGGCCAAAGAGUGAGGAAGAACAAUGGACAGUCAAUGGGCAUACUGGUUAUUUUGCUUUGGAAGCUGCUUUACACAGAGCAUUACAGGAAGGAUAUGACAUCACAAAUCCAGAGUUUUACUCAACAAUAAGCGAAAAAAAAUUGACACAUAUAUUUCGAGGCGACACCGAGGCUAAAAUACCAUUAUAUGUAGAAAGAGAAAAUGUGCUACACGAUGUUGGAUUAAUAUUAUGUGAAAAAUAUAAUGGAACUUUUGAGAAUUGUAUUAAAGAAGCUAAUAAGUCUGCGAUAAAGUUAUUAGAGAUAGUCGUUGUUAACUUUCAAUGUUUCCGAGAUGAAGCAAUUUAUAAGAACCAAGCAGUAUCAUUCUACAAACGAGCGCAGAUAUUGGUCGCAGAUUUGUGGAACUUCUUUGAUGGCAGGGGAUGGGGAGAGUUCUAUGAUAUUGAUAAGUUGACCAUGUUUGCUGAUUAUAGAGUGCCGCAAGUACUGGUAUAUUUUGGAGUUAUGAGUUACAGUGAUGAGCUGAUGGAGAAAUUGAAGAAUGACAUCCUUCUCACCAGUGGAUCAGAGGAAGAGAUAGAAAUACGGGGUUGUUCAAUACACGCCGUUGAGUUGCUAAAACAAAAACUAUCACAGCGAAUUGAAAAAUCUGGAAAAAACUAUGAAGUUCCUAACUCAAGCCUCAUUGACUACUAUCUGUGGUGUUACAGACGGAAAAAUGCUAAGGAAAUGGAAAAGAUUCCUUAUCAUAAAACUUUAGGAAUAUUUUAUUAAAUAUUUCAGAUUAUGGAUUACAGCUUAUUGAAAAUAGUUGACAAUAGUUGACAGAUUUAUAAAAAAAUUGGAGAGCUCUACAGUAAUUUAAAUGUAAAGCCUAAGAAACUGAAAAAGAUUAGUGUCAAACUAUGGCUAACUUGUUAUAUGCGUUUACUAUUAAUUGUCAAACAUUUAUUUGUGUAAAGUUUGUCUAUUUGACAAAUUGUUGAAAUUGUAAGGCGUUAUUCCUUAUAUGUAAAUAUUGCUUCUUUACUUUGUUUUGUGUAUAAAAUAUAAAUAUUAUACAAAAUAUGUGUGUGAUACCUAUGGGAAGUAUGACAGUUUGAUAUUUUUAUAAAUAAAACUACUUAAUACUGUU